CGCGGUAGAAACGCUUGUCCCCUUUCUGUCUUCAAAAAUUCAAAAUCUACUACAGCACAGCAGUCCUUCAUUUUUACUCGACCCUUCUCUGUCUCUUGUACCUGUCUCUUCCUCCACUAGAUUCUCUCUCUAUCCAUUUUUAACAUUUGCAAAAAGCGAUCAUGUGCUGCUGAUAAUCUUAAUUGCUACCGUUUUCUCUCUUCUAAAUUAAAGUUUCAACUUUCAACUUGAAUUUAUUUUCUUAUUUCUCCUAGAGAGAGAGAGAGAGAAAAGGUAAAUAAAUCAACAAUCUCUCCUGCUUUAUUUACAUAUAUAAAUACAGAGAGAGAGAGAGGGGUGUGUGUGAUAUGAACAACGGAAUGGGAAGGCAGAGAUCUCAUCAUCAAAGACAAUACUCAUCUUCUGAUAACAGCAACGGAAUGUUUUCGGAAAAUGGAAGAUGGCUUCAAUCUGCUGGUCUUCAGCACCUUCAGAACAACAACUCUUCUUCCUCUUCUCUUCCUCCUCUUCAGGACUAUAAUUUCUAUGGUGGUGGUGGAGGAGGAGUAGGAGGGCAGGCAUUGAGAAUGUAUCGCAAUGCGCAAAGCAGUUUUAAUAGGGGAAAUGAAUUUUAUUCAGAGCCAACAACACCUCCUGUUAGUUCAAGGCCAUCGAGCCAGAGGAAGAAUGGCGAGGACUCUUCAAAUGAGUUCAGUCCUGGCCUCUUAGAUCUGCAUUCUUUUGACACCGAGUUGCUACCCGAGUUGCAGGUUCCAGGACUCUACGAUGGUUCUUCUCUGUUUCAUCCUGUUCGAGGAAGAAGCUUUGAUGACUCUGACCCCUACAUUUCAAGCAACAAACAAACUGGCAGAGCUCCUGGCUUGCCUGAUAACAUCCUCCUGAAAAGCUUUGCUGUAGACAAAGAGAAGACAAGUUCUGUUGCAAAGAUCAAAGUUGUGGUGCGCAAGAGGCCAUUGAAUAAAAAGGAACUGGCAAAAAAUGAAGAAGAUAUUAUAGACACACACUCCAAUUCUAUGACAGUUCAUGAGACUAAACUCAAGGUUGACUUAACAGAAUACGUUGAGAAGCAUGAAUUUGUGUUUGAUGCAGUGCUCAAUGAGGAGGUCUCUAAUGAUGAAGUUUAUCGUGAGACAGUGGAGCCCAUAGUUCCAAUAAUUUUUCAACGGGUCAAAGCAACUUGCUUUGCAUAUGGGCAAACAGGGAGUGGAAAAACCUAUACUAUGAAGCCUUUACCCCUCAAAGCAUCACGAGAUAUUUUGAGGUUGAUGCAUCAUACUUACAGGAGCCAAGGGUUUCAGCUAUUUGUGAGCUUCUUCGAAAUUUAUGGUGGAAAACUAUUCGAUCUCCUGAGUGAUCGGAAAAAACUCUGCAUGAGAGAGGAUGGUAAGCAGCAGGUGUGCAUUGUGGGUUUGCAAGAGUACAAAGUAUCAGAUGUGGAGACAAUUAAGGACCUCAUUGAGAAGGGAAAUGCCUCAAGAAGUACUGGCACAACUGGUGCAAAUGAAGAAUCCUCCCGUUCACAUGCCAUACUCCAGCUUGCUAUCAAGAGAUCAGUUGAUGGCAAUGAAUCAAAGCCUCCACGCCUUGUUGGAAAGCUCUCCUUCAUAGAUCUUGCAGGAAGUGAACGUGGUGCAGAUACCACAGAUAACGAUAAACAAACGAGGAUGGAAGGUGCAGAAAUCAACAAGAGUUUACUUGCAUUAAAGGAGUGCAUCAGGGCUCUUGACAAUGACAAGAGUCAUAUUCCUUUCAGAGGAAGCAAGCUAACUGAGGUUCUAAGGGAUUCUUUCGUUGGCAAUUCACGCACUGUUAUGAUAUCAUGCAUUUCACCAAGCUCUGGAUCAUGUGAACACACUCUUAACACCUUGAGAUAUGCUGACAGAGUGAAGAGCCUCUCAAAAGGGAACACUUCCAAGAAGGAUGUAUUGUCCUCAACUUUAAACCUAAGGGAAUCAACUACUAUGCCCUUGUCCUCUGUUUUACCAGUUGCAUCCGCGUAUGAGGACGAUGCAAAUGAUGCAUGGGCAGAACAAGAUGAGAGAGAUGAUUUUGAUGCAUCAGAAGAAGAAUCAUAUGAACAAGAGAAAGCAAUAUGGAAGGAGAAUGGGAAGCUAGAGCCAUACAAUCUUUCUAUUUCAGAGGAUAAAAUACAGAAACCCAAUGGUCAGACAAAGUGGAGGGAUAUGCCAAAAUCUAAUCUUAAGAACUCGCAUUCAGAUAAUGACUUGAAUGCAUUGCUACAGGAAGAGGAGGAUCUUGUAAAUGCUCACAGAAAACAAGUGGAAGAGACUAUGAACAUUGUGAGAGAGGAGAUGAACCUGCUGGUUGAAGCAGAUCAACCAGGAAAUCAGCUCGACGGUUAUGUUACUAGAUUGAAUGCCAUUCUUUCUCAGAAGGCUGCAGGUAUCCUCCAGUUACAGAAUCGUCUGGCACACUUCCAGAAGCGUUUGAAGGAGCAUAAUGUCUUAGUUUCUUCUGGCUACUAGUCUCACGUGGAAGUGCAUGAAGUUAUUACAAACGAAUGCUUCUUUUAUUACUGAUUGCAAGAUUACUGGCCUGGUUAUGGAUUUGGUUAUGCAGCUGUUAUUUUUAUGGAAGCAUUGCUAGAAAUUUGGCAUCCAUGCAGUAGUUUGCUGUAUGGUAUUCUUUAUGUGGUUUGAGGGGUUGGAGAUUGAGAGAUCUAGAAGGAUCCCGUUGCUCAUCCUUCACAUGAUACUACUGGCUUCUGUCUACAAUUUUUUAUUCUCAUUUUUUUUUCUUCAACAAGUUAUAAGCAAGCCAUUGGAUUUACGUGCCCAUCAGGCAUGCUUUUGUAAAGCUAUGCAGCAGUGUAAUUUGAUUCAUUAAUUAUAUACUUCCUGCCUACUAUUUAAUGCUUGUAAGCUUGUUUGACGUGGUGAUGCAAGUCUGCUUGUAAGUGACUGUCAUUCAACUUUCCAAUCAAAGUGCAAAUUCUCAUU